AUGCUCUCCAUAGAACAAAGGUAUAAUAUCUGUCUGAUGGCUGAGACUCAUCCAAAAUGGACUCAACAAGAAUUAGCAAGAUGGGCUUAUGAAACGUUUCAAUUACCAAAAAUUCCAUCACAAGGUACAAUAUCAAGAAUUUUAACUAAAAAAUCCACUUAUAUGAACUCAAAAGAACAUGAAAAGGAUGCAAACAGAAUAAGAAAACCAAAUAAUUUAUUAGUUAGAAGAAUCUUACAAGAAUGGAUUAACCAAAGUUUAUGGAAUGGUAUACCAAUUACUUCACCAAUUAUUCAAGAAACUGCGCAUGCCGUAUGGCAAAGAAUUCCUGCUAAAUAUAGAGAAGGAAAUGGUUCUUUUAGUUAUAAAUGGAUAUCAAAUUUCUUAGCCAAAAUGGAUGUCAAUAUCUCUAUCUUAGAUGAAGAAAUGCCAAAGACACCAAAAAUUUGGACUUUUGAAGAAAGAAGUUAUUUAAAAGAAUAUUUUGCAAAAUUACCUUCAGCUGACGUCUUCACAUUAGAUGAAACUUUUUUAGCUUAUAAUUUGCCCUUAGAUUAUGCACAAUAUGAAAUUAGUAGUAUACAAAGAAAAGUUGAAGUCGCUACUGUAAUGUUAUGUGCUAAUUUAGACGGGACUGAAAAAUUAAAACCUUUAGUAGUGGGGAAAUAUGAUAAUUAUAAAAGUUUUAGAAAUUAUUUCCCAAAUGAACCUAUAAAUUCAAUGAAUCAAUCUUCAUUAGGUGAAAAAAUGGCUAAAAAAUUCGACAUUUCAUAUCAAAGUAAUACAAAAUCGUGGUUAACAAGUAAUUUAUUUCAUGAUUGGUUAGUUCGUUGGGAUAAACGUUUAGUCGCUUAUAAUAGAAAAAUUUGGAUAGUACUAGAUGAUUCAUGUUCUCAUAGAAUAAUAAAUUUACAUUUACAAAACAUAACAUUGAUAUAUACUUCUGCAACAUCAAAAUUUUUACCAUUAAAUUGGGGGGUAUUGGAUGAGUUUAAAACAAGGUAUAGAAUACAACAAUAUAAUGCACUGAUAGAUUUACAGAAUAAAUACGAGGAAAAGACCAAACGCCCUUAUUAUAUUAGUUUUGAACAAAGUGAAUUGACAAUGUCAAAUGCUUUCAAAUUUAUUAAAAACGCUUGGGAUGAAAUCCCAUUAGAUACUAUUAAAGCAAAUUGGAAAAGUUCAGGUAUUAUCCCACCAAAUUUAAUUCACCUUAACGAAAACAUUAGUAUGGCUUUUAAGAAAAAUGAAGCAUUAGAGGCUCAAUUGGACGAUUUAUGUCAUAAAUAUCGUUGUGUUAAACAAUGGGAAUAUGAUAUGUUAUUAGAUUUAAAUAUGGAAAAUAAAAGUGCAAACUUCUUAAGUAUGGAAGAACUUGUUGAAAGUUCUAUUAUAGAGAAAAUGGAACCAGGUGACGAUAUUGUUCCUAAGACUAAUAAUAAUGAACAAAUAAAAGAAUCAGAUAGUGAUGACGACGACGACGACGAUGAUGGAUUAAUGGAUCUUCCUGGAGAAGAAAAUCUCAAUGAUUUACCAAUAAUUAACCAGAAUAAACUACAACGAUCAAAUAGUAUGGCAGAUUUCAAUUUUGCUAGGUUUGCUGAUAAUAUUACUAAAUCAAAUGGUCUUCUACCAAAUAGUACACAAACAAAUGAUACUACUAAUAUAUUAACUAAUCCAGCACUUGUAGACACGUCAAUGGAUCAAAAUUUGCAAAAAUUCCUUAAUGAACCUUAUUUACAAGACAUCCAAAAUAAUUAUUUCAAUGUUAGUAAUUUGAUUGAUAGACCUAAUUUAUUUCUUCCAAAUACAGAAACUAAUAUACCUGAUAUCGGAAUAGACCUUCCACAAAAUGAUUAUUUAACAAACGUCUUUGGUAACUCUAUGAGCCCCAGCACAACAUCUCCAAAUACAAAUUCGACUUUACCAAUCAAUCCAAAUGUAAUUAAUACAACAGCUCCAAAUUUUGAACAAUCUCCAAUGCCAAGUAUAAGUAGUGUAGGAAAUAUAAACAGUACAGCUUCAGGAAUGAACAAUACACCACUAAAUAUGUCUGUCAAUUCUGUUCAAAGCUUUGAUGUACCUGAUUUAAAUCGUAUAUUACAUGAAAAUCAAGAUAAUGCUGUGAACAACUCAAUAAUUGAUACUCAUUCUACUGUUACUUCCAACGGUUUAAGUCCCGCACCAUCAAGAAAUAUCGUGAUAAAUUCAAGACAAACUAAUAUUGAAGUCGCAAAAGCGUUAUACACAGUUAUCCUACAUUGUGAUGGUACUGACCUAAACAUUUCUAAAAGCAGUCAAAGUGAAUUGCGUGCCACUUACAGGUCAUUAUUAAAACAAAUCCGAAAGACAAAACCGCAAAGUAAUAAAGUCAAAAAGGCCAUCAAUGAAUCAGCACUGGAUAGUUUUUUGAAUCAAUCAAAUCAAACUAUAAAUUUAGAGAAUUCUGCCAACUUUCUUUAA